AUGGUUUCCUACCCAGACUCGGCGAGUGCAGAGCGCUCACUGCCCAUACGGCGUCCCUCGUCGGUUGUGUCGCACUCGUCGCGCGCAUCCACCGUCCGCAGACAUCGCCAGCACCGCUCCAAUGUGGGUAGCUCGUCGCUAGCACCCCAAAAUGAGUUCCCCGUGUUCACGCAUACCGGCGACGUCGAAAUCGUCAUCAGCAAUGGGCGGAAGGAAAUGCGUUAUCUGCUGCACAAGUUGAUUCUGACGCAGUGCUCGGGCUUCUUCGAGGCUGGCACGAGCGAUGAGUGGGCGACUGCUGGCGACGUGACCAACGCCGGGCCCAGCAACGGCACCGCCUUGUCGAGGAUACCAUCAGGAUCACGACCCGAGCAGAAGCGGAAAUGGAGGUACGAGAUGGAUUGGGGCAGCGGCGAUGACGACCUGCCCAUGCUCGUGCAGAAGAAGAACCAACCGACCAUGUUUGGCGGUGAUCCGAGUCCACCUGUGCAACCGCCUACUGCGCGCAACAAGCCUGCCGCACCGCAGGCAGGCUUCUUCAGGAGCAUGGCCAACUUCUCCACCCUCCACGUGCCCGCGACAGCCACCCCCGAGACCGACCCCGACGACGACACCUUCCGAGACUAUGACAACCUGUUCCGCAUCUUCUACAACUACCCUCCCACGCUCGACUCUCUCAAUAUCGCAAACGCCUACGUAGAGUGCAAAUCGCUCCUGCAGCUCGCCGACAUGUACGACGCGCUUGGCGUCAUCGGACCACGCGUCGACCAUCAUCUGCUGCGCUUCCAAGGCCGGUUAUGGAAGCAGAUCGCGAAAUACCCGCCCAGCUACCUCAAACUUGGCUACAUGGCACGGAGUAAAGCCAUCUUUGCCGAAGCUAUGGUGCACGUUGUCGGACAAUGGCCACAAGGCAUCAAUCAGCUACGCGGCCAGAUCGCUGAGCCCGUUAUCGAACUGAUAGAGGACAAAGUCGACGAGAUGGACGAACUCAAGGCCAAGAUCGAAGUCAAGCUCUUCCGCUUAUCCCUCACAACCAGUCGCGGCGAGCGUGUCAGCCCAUCGAGCAACUGGCUGGACUGGAUAGCAGUCUCGCUAUUCCGACAAUGGCUCGCCGAAAACACGACGCCACCCCCAGCCCCGAUCCUUAAAUCGCCACGUCCCCAGAACUCGCGAGAUGGUGCGCCGCUGCCACCUCCACCAGUCUUCAACACCGGCCGCAUAUUCCGCCUGCUCGGCCAGGCCGGCUCAAGUUACCUCAACCACGACGAAUGCAAGCGCUUCCUGCGACUGAACCCCGACCACUACAACCGCGACAACUUGAAGCGCUUCGAACGCAGGAUUGAAGAAAUCAAGGUCAAGGCCAAAGAUGCAGUCAAGCCGCUGAUGCGCAAUUUCCUCGAGCUCGACCUACGAGAAGGCGGACUGCCCUAUUUGACAUGCACAAGAAUCGAUCCGCAAGACUUCCCAUGGGACGACAUAUAA